AUGGAAGAUUGGGAAGAGGAACGUCAAACUGUAAAGGCCGAUAUUAGUCAUCUAAAGGAUCAAGUCGGUCAAAUUUUAGAAGCGUUGAAAGCCAUGAAAACCGCUGGAGAGACUUCGUUUGCAAAGGCUGAUCAUAAUGCUCACACUCCAGUACAUGACGUUGUGGGCACACAAUUCACAUUUCCAAUGUAUGGUCUACCACCAGGUUACACACCGCCUAUCGGAGAUCAUUCAGAGGCAGAGCAUACUUCUUUGGCUUUUCCCGUAACUAGCAAUGUACUUCCCAUUAGUACCCAGGGGCCUAUCCACACAACUGAGGCAAAACUAAAUGAAACGUCCAAGUUUCCCCACACAAUUGUCGCACAAGAUGUUACUUUGCAUGCGAGCGUAGAAGGAGCGAAGGAUAAACUUGAAGUUCUAGAAGGUAGACUGAGAGCCAUAGAAGGGUUUGAAAGUUACGGGUUUGGUGACGCGGCAAGCUUGAGUUUGGCUCAAGGAGUGACCAUUCCACACAAGUUUACGGUGCCAGAAUUUGAGAAAUACAAGGGAAACACAUGCCCUAAGAACCAUUUGACCAUGUAUUGUCGAAAAAUGGCUGCUUACGCAUACGACGAUAAACUACUUAUUCAUUUCUUUCAAGAUAGUUUGGCGGAAGCAGCGUUGAGUUGGUGA